AUGGGGUUGGGCCUGGGGAUGGGCCUGGGCCCGGAGAUUAAGGCCAGCGAGUUACGACCAGAAUCCAUUUGGAUGAAUGAUGGAAGGUUGGCACAAGGAGACAUUCGGUUGGAGUGGGAGUUAUCACACUUUCUACCACAAUGUGGAGAAUGUACCUCUUGCCUGAAUUCUGAGGGCAAUUUUUGUAUACAAUCCAAACAGUCAAAAACCCAACUGAUGUCUGAUGGUACCAGCAGGUUUACCUGAAAGGGAUAAUCAAUAGAUCACUUCGAUAAUACCAGCACCUUCUCUGAAAACACAGUGAUAAAGGAAAUCUCGGUUGCCAAGAUUGGUGCAGUUGCUCCUAUGGAAAAAGUAUGCCUAAUUAGCUGUGGCUCUUCCACUGGGUUUGGUGCUGCAAUCAACACUGCCAAGGUGACUCCAGGUUCUACCUGUGUCGUGUUCGGCCUGGGAGGAAUAGGUUUGUCUGUUGUCACGGGUUGUAAAGCAGCAGGAGCAGCCAGGAUCAUUGGAGUGGACGUCAACAAGGAUAAAUUUAAGAAGGCAAAGGAAUUGGGUGCCACUGAGUGCAUCAACCCUCAGGACUUCAAGAAACCCAUUCAAGAAGCUUUAUUUCAUAUGACAGAUGCUGGUAUAGAGUUUUGCUUUAAGGCCAUUGGAAAUCUGGACACUGGGUAUACAGCUGCCCUGGCCUCCUGCCAUGAGAGCUAUGGGGUCUGUGUGAUUGUUGGGGUGUUGCCUGUCAGUGUUCAACUCAACAUCAGUGGCCAGUUGUUCCUCUCAGGACGUUCUUUGAAGGGUUCUGUUUUUAGAGGCUGGAAAAGCAGAAAGCACUUCCCUAAACUGGUUGCUGAUUAUAUGGCAGAGAAGUUUAAUCUAGACCCACUAAUUACUCAUACUCUGAAUUUUGAUAAAAUCAAUGAAGCAGUUGAAUUAAUGAAUACUGGAAAAUGUAUCUGCUGUGUCCUGUUACUUUAA